AUGGCGUCGUCGGGCGGGGACGCGCCCCAACUCCCCGUGUUAACAAAUGUUUCUAAUGCUGCAAGUGCACCUGAAGAAAAUACACCUGCUGGUGACAGCAACACCAGUUCAGAAAGUGCCCAGGAUCUAUUGAGUUCUUUUCGAGAACAAGAGUCAAAUGAUGCUAGUGAUAACAUAGAAAAGAAAGAACCUGGCAUUUCAAAAUGCAAAUCAGUGGAAGAAAUACCAAGAACAGUGACUGUAAAGAGGUGCAAGAACAUUGAUUCAAAGAAAGUCUUCUCGAAUAACAAUAAUAAUUCAAGCUUUACUGGUAGUCAUACUCAGAAAAAGCAGCCAAGAAAGGGUGAUCAUCUUGUUCAACCAUCUGAAAAUGGAAUAUCUCAAGACACAAAGCCUCCUACCACAAGGAUAUGCAUAAAUUCAGCCUGCAAAGCUGUCAUGAACUCAGAUGAUGAAUUUUGUAAGAGGUGUUCGUGCUGUAUUUGUCAUGUUUUUGAUGAUAACAAAGAUCCUAGCCUUUGGCUGGUCUGCUCAUCAGAGACUGGUGAUAGGGAUUGCUGUGGGUUAUCCUGCCAUAUUGAGUGUGCACUCCAGAACCGGAAGGCAGGAUGCAUAGAACUUGGACAAUCUAUACAGCUUGAUGGUAACUACUGUUGUGCUGCAUGCGGCAAGGUUAUUGGAAUACUUGGGUUCUGGAAGAGGCAGCUGGUAGUUGCUAAAGAUGCUCGUAGAGUUGAUAUUCUCUGUUCACGCAUAUAUCUGAGUCAUAGACUUCUGGAUGGCACGACUCGUUUUAAAGAUCUGCAUCAGAUUGUAGAGGAUGCAAAAGCAAUGCUGGAAACUGAAGUUGGCCCCCUUGAUGGUACAUCGUCCAGGAUGGCCCGUGGCAUUGUUGGCCGGCUGCCUGUUGCUGCUGAUGUGCAGAAACUUUGCUCUUUAGCAAUUGAAAAGGCAGAUGAGUGGCUGAGGUCAAACAGUCCAUCUGAAACAAAACAAAUUGAUACACUUCCUGCUGCCUGCAGGUUCAAAAUUGAAGAUAUUACAGCUUCAUCGGUUGUGUUGGUUCUUAAGGAAGCUGUUUCCUCGCAGUACCAUGCCAUCAAUGGCUAUAAACUCUGGUACUGGAAUAGCAGAGAACCGCCAUACACAGGGGAGCCUGCUGUUUUCCCCAAAGACCAAAGAAGGAUACUGAUAUCUAAUCUGCAGCCCUGCACACAGUAUUCCUUCCGUAUUAUUUCAUUUACUGAGGAUGGUGAACUGGGCCAUUCUGAACACAAGAUCUUUACCAAGAGUGUGGAGAUCAUUCGUAAGAACAAAGAGAAUGGAGCAGAAGGUUGGUCAUCUUCUGCCAAGAGAGCUGGUAAGAGUCAAAAUGGUAUGUCGUCAGGCUUCCAGGUGCGCCAGCUGGGUAAUGUCUUGCGGAAGGCUGAUGAGAAUGGUUACCCCAGUGCAUUGUGUAAAGAUGAGAUUGAAGAUUCAUGCGACCUGAGUGAUUCUGUGAUACUAGAAAAGGACCAGGUUCCAUGCUGUGCGUCCCGCAAGAUCGAUCUUAAUGAGACCUCAGUCCCAGACCUAAAUGCAGAGGUAGUCAUGCCAACAGAAUGCUGCCGGGAUGAGAACGGAUGCAGCUCAGGAAAGAAUACACUGACAAAGUCGAAUGGUUGUGGCGACUCUGAGACUUUUGCCGAGGGGCAUGUAGGGGAGGCCCCGGUCAUGGAAUCCCAAUCACAGAGUCGCAAACAGACAUCUGACCUGGAGCAGGAAACUUGUGCCAAUGACAGCAACUUGGCAGCCGCCUCAGCUAGGCUCUUCUCCCGUAGGUUAGGCCAGUUGGAUGACAACUAUGAGUACUGUGUGAAGGUUAUACGAUGGCUGGAAUGUUCUGGACACAUUGAAAAGGAUUUCAGGAUGAAAUUCCUAACCUGGUUCAGCUUGAGAUCAACAGAGCAGGAGCGUAGAGUUGUGAUCACCUUCAUCCGCACCCUCCUUGACGAUCCCAGCAGUUUGGCCGGCCAGCUUCUGGAUUCAUUCCAGGAAAUUGUUGCUAGUAAGAAGCCAAGAACUGGUUUCUGUACUAAGCUUUGGCACUAACCAGAUUGACAAAAAAAAAACUCAAAACUGCUACCGAUAAUACUCUAAUACUCUUACAAUAGGGAGUAACUGGGGUCAUAGUGUCAUGCUAUUUUACCUUCUGAUAUAUUUGUAUGUAGUUAGUUUGAUGGUGCUGUGCUUGGAUAUUUGCCAUGACUACAUAAUAUAUUGAUGAAUGUAGCAAUGAAAGCUCUUAUCAAGCUAACGGGGUUCGGUAUUUUUUGCGAUA